UUUGGCCUAUGCAACACCCCUGGUACCUUCCAGCGGUGUAUGCUUAGCAUUUUCAGUGAUUUUUUAAAGACCUGCAUAGAGGUGUUUAUGGAUAAUUUUACUAUUUAUGGAUCCUCUUUUGAUGCAUGUUUGGAUAGUCUGGAUAGAGUUCUUAAUAAAUGCAUUGAAACUAACCUUGUGCUGAAUUUUGAAAAAUGUCACUUCAUGGUAGAACAAGGUAUAGUUUUAGGGUUUUAUAGGCGUUUUAUCAAGGAUUUUAGCAAAGUGGCCCUUCCACUAUCCAAUCUCCUACAAAAGGAGGUGGAGUUUGAUUUUGAUGACUGGUGCAAAGAGGCUUUUGAUUGCCUCAAGCCUGCGGUGACUGCCACCCCUAUCAUUCAGGCACCUGAUUGGACAACCCCAUUUGAGCUAAUGUGCGAUGCAUCCAAUUAUGCAUUGGGGGUUGUCCUUGCUCAAAAGAUUGAUAAGCUGCCUCGGGUGAUCUACUACGCUUCUAGAACUUUGGAUGUUGCUCAAGAAAAUUACACUACCACAGAGAAGAAGCUAUUAGCGAUAGUUUUUGCUCUUGAAAAAUUUCGUUCAUAUUUGCUUAGUACUCGUGUUAUUGUUUAUACUGACCAUGCAGCUCUGAAGUACCUGUUGAAGAAGGCUGAAUCAAAGCCUAGAUUGAUCAGGUGGAUGCUUUGGCUCCAAGAGUUUGAUUUGGAGAUCCGUGAUCGGGGUGGUGACCAUCUUAGGAUACAGAGGACAGCUCACAAGUUUGAUGUCUGGGGUAUAGAUUUUAUGGGGCCUUUCCCUGUCUCUUUUGGUUUUGUUUAUAUUCUCCUUGCUGUUGAUUAUGUUUCAAAAUGGGUGGAAGCCAAACCCACCAGAACUAACAAUGUUAAGGUUGUUGUGGAUUUUGUUAGAUCUAAUUUGUUUUGCAGGUUUGGAGUCCCUAGAGCCAUCGUUAGUGAUCAAGGCACCCAUUCUUGUAACAGGUCCAUGUAUUCCUUGCUCAAAAAGUAUAGGGUUGUGCACAGAAUUUCCACACCUUACCACCCCCAAACUAAUGGGCAGGCUGAGAUUUCAAACAGGGAGAUAAAAAGGAUCUUGGAGAAGAUUAUGCAGUCGAACAAAAAGGAUUGGAGCACCAGGCUAGAUGAUGCUCUUUGGGCGCAUAGGACUGCUUACAAAGCACCCAUAGGAAUGUCUCCUUAUCGGGUUGUCUUUGGCAAGGCAUGUCAUCUUCCUGUAGAGAUAGAGCACAGAGCCUACUGGGCUGUAAAGACCUGCAACUUCUCUAUUGAUCAGGCUGGAGAGGGAAGGAAGUUGCAACUAAGUGAGCUAGAUGAGAUCCGGUUAGAAGCCUAUCAGAAUUCCAAAUUCUACAAGGAGAAGACCAAGAAGUUCCAUGAUAGCUUGAUAGCUAAGAAGGACUUCAUGGUUAGAUAG